UACAAGUUAUCUCCGCCUUAACGGAGAGCUUUUCCAUAGAAGGAGACGUGUGCUUACAACCCAUUUUUUAAACAGACCUAAUCCAGCACUUGUAAAAGCAAAACGUACUUUGUAAGAGGUUGUAGCGAACAAUUUAGCUAUUGUAGGAAUUAAAUGAGUCAAAAGAAACGAGGCGAUCAUGGUUAUUCAUCCCAAGUAACCAAAAAGGAAGAUGGAUAAGAAACAUCUCCAUACACGGUGAUAUAGGUGGAUCUCGUCGGUUGAUUAGAGAGUUUUUAAUUGGUCUACGCAAAUGAAGGGCAUGGAGAUGUUACGCCGCUCCUCGGUGUUUGCGGCAGAAGUCAUGGAGGUGUUUGAUCGCUCUCCCACAGAUAAGGAGCUCGUAUCUCAGUCUAAAGUGUUGUGUAGGGAUUACAUUCACUCCAGACUCCACCGAGCUGGAAUCGGGUGGUCUAAACCGGAGCACGGAUCAUCGGGAGGAACACUGGCUGAGGUAUCUUCAGUCCUGCUGUGGCUGGGCGAUGAGCUGGAAUACUUGCGUCCCAAUGUAUACCGCAACGUAGCACGGCAGCUUAACAUUACAGUUUCCUCUGAGAGUAUAGUAUCUGAUGCAUUUUUGGCUGUCGCUGCAGAAAUAUUUUCCACAGGGGUAACAUGGGGGAAGAUUGUGUCCCUUUAUGCAGUGGCUGGAGCUCUAGCUGUUGACUGUGUUCGACAUGGCCAUCCAGCAAUGGUGCACCUUAUUGUUGACUGCAUGGGCGAGUUUGUUCACAAAAGCCUUGUGUCCUGGUUAAAGAGGAGAGGAGGCUGGGCGGACAUCACAAAGUGCGUAAUCAACACAGACCCCAGUUUCUGUUCUCAUUGGUUAGUGGCAGCUGCCUGUGCUUGUGGUCACUACCUAAAGGCUGUGCUCUUUUACCUGCUGAGGGAGAAGUAAAUGGCAGAAUGAACUGAAACUGUCAGAAGGCGUUUCUUCUCCAUGCAUCAGACUUUUAUUGCUCCUGAUGUGUUUACACUUGCACAAAGUUUGCACAUUUCCUUUAAUGGACAUUCCUGUGAACCAAGAUGGACCGUAAUAAGGAAUAGUUCUUCCACAAAUGAAAACUCAUAAUUUACCAACACGUACUGUUUCAAACCUAUAUGAAAAGGCAAAAGAAGAUAUUUAGCAAAAUGUUGAGAUUAUAUAUAAAACUUGAGUUUUUGCAUUUGGCAGAUGCUUUAAUACAAAGCGACUUACAGUGCAUUUAAGCUUUACAUUUUAUCAGGAUGUGUGUCCCAUGGGACGGGAACCCACAACCUUUAUAGCUAAUGCAUUUGAAAUGUGUUUGGAAAAGAAAAAACUGAAUUGUAUUUCCACAAAAAGUCACAUGGGUUUAGAAAAAGAUUUUGAUAGGCUAAUAUCAAUUAAACUCUGCUUUAACUAAGGAAAGAACAGUGGAUAUUUUAAUUGCUGUAACAUUUCAGUAAAUGUUGUAUUUCAAGUUUGGGCCUGUCAACCUGAACAUUCAAGAGUCAAAUUAUAUCUGAAAUAUAAUUCUUUAUUAUGUUAUGACUUGUUCUUUGUUGUAUUUCUGGUGGUGUUGGUGUUGCCCUGAAGAACCAGUAAAAUACGGUGGAAAUAUUGCUUAAUAUGAUUUACUUCAUGACAUUCAAUUGUGUUUGUUUUGUUACUUUUUAUAGUUUAGUUUAUAGAAAUUAUUCUAAAAAUAACUCCACAUUGUUUUGUGUGUGCUACACUGAAUGUAUGCAAAAUAAAAAAAAUUAAAAUGUCA